AUGUCUCUAUUCGGCAACACGGCCAGCGCGAGCCCAUUCGGCAAUACCGCCACCAAACCGACUGGCUUUGGUGGUCUUGGAGGAAAUACCACAGGUGGUUCGGGCUCCAGCCUGUUCGGCAACACAAAUUCGACUCAACAGCAAGGCAUAUCUGGGUCUGGCCUGUUUGGAAGCGCUGCAGCACCGACUCAGACCAACACGCAGACCGGUGGCUUGUUCGGCUCGACGACUGCGCAAAAGCCCGCUACCAGUGCUUUUGGUACAACGACCCAGCAGCAGACGCCUAGCCUCUUCGGUGCAACGGCGCAGAAGCCCACCACGAGUCUGUUUGGUGCCAAUGCGCCGCAGCAACAAACGCAACAGCCCGCGGCUGGAGGGGGCCUGUUCGGGUCUACUCUAGGAGCCAAUAAUCAAGCACCACAACAGCAGCAGCAGCAGCAACAGCAAUCGCAGUUCGGUCAAACAACAAUGGUUCAACCACAAGGUCAACCUCAAGAACAGUCCUUGUCCUCAACUCUGUGGUCUCCCGGCCGUGCUAUUACUGGAGUACAUCGAACUGUACCCAUGCAGAUUGCUAUCGUGCGGGACAAGUGGGAUGCACAAAUUCAAUCUUCGCCUUUCCGUGCCUAUCUCUACAAUCACGUCGGCGACGACAAUGCUCCUUUCUACCAGCCCAGCGCCGAAGACGAUGCUACGAAAUGGGAAGAGGCCUUGAAAAAGCGUCCGGGCUCAGGAUACGUCCCCGUCUUGGUCAAGGGCUUCAUCGACGUGGGCAAGCGGGCUCAACGCCAGAAAGACUUCCUUGCCAUUAUGCAGACACGCCUCCACGAAAUUAACAAUUGCCUGACAGACUUGCUCUCAAGACACGAUUUGAAAAUCUCCGUCAAGGUCGCGGAUGCUCGCCGCAAGCAUAUUGUUCUCAGUAAACGGUGUCUGGCUCUGGCAGCCAAGACCCAGAUGCUGCGUAACCGAGGCUAUGCCAUGGACGAUGCUGAGGAGGAGCUAAAGAAGAAGCUGAUUCAAUUGGAGCGAGAUGUAUUUGAUCCGUCAUUGACGGGUCGUGGCGAGGAAAUUUGGGCUCGUAUGCUUGCCAUUCACGAGCAUUCGAAGCGGCUGCAGGCUGAGAUGGAUCGUGCCGGUGCCCAUAUGACGAAUCGUGCAGAAGAUGAGAUCGACGAGCAGACCAUGAGGACGGCGAAGAAGAUUCUCGACGACUACCAUACUCAGAUCCAGCACUUGCAGAAGGAGAUGGAGGUCGUGAAGAAGGACUUUGAAGAGUCACAGAAAUCGGGUGGAAACUAG